AUGGAGGGUGUCUCCGUCGUAAUGAAUGGGCUCGGGAAGGAGGAGGACAUCGCCGACGCCGUGGCAUCUGUCCGUGAGCGAGCGGCAGCAUUCGAUCAGUUUGCCGCUAAGAACGAGAUCACAGUCCCCGGGCCAACUGUUGUCACCAGCCAUGGGGCGAACUUGAUGAAGAUCAGCGAGAUGAAGCAUCUAGUCUCCUUUGCCAAGAGCCAAGAUGCUUUCGGAAAGCACCACGAUGGCAAGAUCGAUAUCUUGGUCAACAAUGCCGGAAUCCAGCAUGUGGCCCCGAUUGAUGACUUCACAUCCAAGGACUGGGAUCGAGUCAUUUCCCUCAACUUAAGCUCAGUCUUCCAUAUGACUCGCCUGGUUCUCCCCUCCAUGAAAGAAAACAAGUUCGGACGCAUCAUCAACAUUGCGUCGGUCCAUGGGUUGGUGGCCAGUGCAAAUAAAUCUGCCUACGUUGCCGCCAAGCACGGCGUCGUGGGCCUCACGAAAGUCACAGCCUUGGAGACGGCUACGGAAGCCAACCUCACUUGCAACGCUGUCUGCCCGGCCUGGGUUCUGACGCCUCUCGUUGAGGCUCAGGUUCAUGCCCGAGCGAAGGCAGAGGGUAUCUCUGUUGAGGAGGCCAAAGGCCUCCUGAUUGGUGAGAAGAUGCCCACGAAGGACUUCGUUGCUGCGGAGGAGAUCGGGCGAGCCUGCGCUUAUUUCUGCGACCCUGAGAACAAGGGGAGCACUGGAACUAUCCUUACUGUGGAUGGUGGCUGGACCAGUCAGUAA